CUCAUGUGCAGAUAAGUUUACAACUAUAUACACUACAAAAAAACUCGUGAUUGACAAAGAUUUUUGGCAGGAAUUUUCCAAAAUUGGCAGGGAUUUUGGCACGCGCGCCAAAUCCGUGCCAAAACAGUUUGACACGAGCUAUUUGUCACGAAUUUUUCGGUAAAUCCGUUCCAAAUCCGUGUCAAUCCCGUCAUUUUUUUGUAGUGAUAUACACAAAUUGUUAAACUACAUAUACAUGAUUAAAUUAAUAACAAACUAAUAAAUAAUACUAAUGACUGGUCUUAUCUUUGAUAUUCUCCGCAAAAUUGGAGAUCCAUUGGAGACUCCGAUUUUGGACCUAAAAUGAAGAAAAGCAGUCUGUCCCAAAGGUUUAGUGAGAGCAUAUGCACAUUGAUAUUUGGACAAGACGUGAUGAACUGAUGAGCCGCCAUCCAUAAGACCAUAACUACAUCACCAACAAAGAAAUAUGUUUCAUACGAGAGUGAAAUAACAAGGGAUUGUUACACACAUAAGUGGCACUCAAGUUAUCAGUAAAUAGCCGGGUGGGGCAUGAAAACGGGGCAAGGUGUGCUGAUGGGGCAUGGCUGUUGCGUUUGCGGAUCAGCAGGGGCCAAAAUUCGCCGACAAAUUGGAUUGAACUAUUGGGGAUGGCAUGACUGCUGCCCGCUACAACACCUAGGACAAGAGAGGAGAACACGCUUACUCGCGUAUGUUGCUGGAAGAAUUGGAGCGGGGACAACUAUGGAGAACAUGAGAAGUAGCAAGGUUGGAAUCUUUUGCAGUAGCAAAGGGGUGAGGGGUAGAGUUGGGAUAAGGAGAGAAGUUAGGUUAAGAUUAUCCUUAAAAUUGAAGAUAUUUACAAAAGAAUCUAGAAGCUAUUAAAAGCACCCUAACACGUGAUUUGAACUUCUAGCGUAAAAAUGCUUUAAAUUAAGCUGAAAUUUGGAUUUACAAACAUCCUUUCAAGCUUAAUUCAAAAAUAUAUGAAAAAAAAUUUCCAAGUGCUUUUGAGUAGCGAUUGCAAACACUCCUUAAGUGUGAUAAGAAGUUGAACUGACUAUGGCCAAGUACAUUUGGAACACUAAAACACCUGAGAAAAUCCCCUUUCUCAUGUGAAUUAUGAAAAAUAAACUCCUCUCUAUUGAAAACAAACUUUGAGAACACUGUUAAUCAUUGUUUCAUGAACUGUACUUCUAGCUCUUCCAUAUGACAAAACUUUGAGAACUUGAACUGUACUAACAGUUCUUGGUGGGCUAGUAUACG